CCGUGAGCAGUUUCGCAGGUAAACUUUACAAUCCAGAAAUACCCGGAACCACAGUAGCUACCCAAGUCGUACUUUGGUAAUUGUGUGCUCUUUACAUGUUGCUGCUGAUGGCAGGUGGCAAGACACAGUCACUGAUGUAGAACAAGUUAGCACGCUAGUUAGCUGGCUCAGUUAGCUCCCAUAUAUCUCGCACUUCGCAAUCUUGUUUAUUUGUCUCAUCAAACCGAACAUGACGUUUCUCGGUAUAGCUAUGUAGCAGUAUAUAGUGUAUGUUUCUACUUAAGCCGCUGUCAGAGCUUGGAUUCGAUGUAAAGGACCAGUAAACCAGUUAGCAUUGGAAACGGCACUGCAGAAGGUUAGGGCCUGUGUGCUGUGGACAAACCUGGAUUCCAACCUGAGAACACAGAGUGGUUCGGCGGUGUGAGCACUACAUUACUCUGCCAAUAAAUAUAGCCCUCCAUUGUACUACAAUGUUUUCUACAAAUUUUUCUGACACUCAUUAUCAGAGCAAACACUUAAAUCGCGGAGUGAAAGCCGUCUUUACAAAUGAAAUAGAAAAAGAAAAGGUUGUGACUUCAGAUGGAAUUCACUUCCAUGAAAUCCAGUGUCCCUUAGAGUACAGAAAGAUCAGUCAUAAAAUCACCCAGCUGUAAGUCUGCUUUAAACAGGCCAACCUCAAAAACUAUAAUUAGGUAUCAAUAAUAACUUAAUAAAUGUCUGAGAAAAGUGGGGUCAUCAAGAGGACUAGUGACACCCUGAUGGAUCUACAGUAACUGCCGCCAAAGGUGCCUCUGCUAAACCUUUACCUUAAAGGGCUCCGUCCGUAUCCAUCCUGGUAGAUUUAACAAGUCAAAGUGUCAUGCCAGUCCCAGCAAUGGCAGAGCCCGUGGUUGAUCACCAAAAACGGUUUCAGGCUGCUGUGGAUCUCAUCCAUAACCUCCCCAAAAAUGGCUCCUAUCGGCCGUCCUAUGAAGUGAUGCUACGUUUCUACAGUCUGUACAAGCAGGCGGUGUGUGGACCCUGUACAGUGCCCCGACCUGGCUUCUGGGACCCAGUGGGUCGCUACAAAUGGGAUGCCUGGAGCCGCCUGGGAGAGAUGAGCAGUGAGAGUGCCAUGGCAGUGUAUGUGGAAGAGAUGAAGAAAGUAGCUCAGGAGGUCAUCGCCACUAUGCCCAUGAAUGAGAAGACGGCCUCGCUCUUCCACCACUUCGAGCCUCUCUACCUGGUGAUUGAUGAUAUGCCGCGGCCUCCAGGGUCACUUCUCACACUUAGCGAAGGUCUUAAGGGCAGUGGGCAUGCCGGCAGGCCAAGCGAAAAUGUGAGGAAGUGUGAGGAUAAGGAGCAGGAAGUGCCUAAAGAAGAUUCCUCACUUCCAGAGGAUGCAGACCAGGAGUUCAGUCUAGCUGAGGUUAUAGACCUCACUGCCAACACCAUCUCUAAUGCUGCUGCAGACUCUGGAGUGUCCGAGUGUUUGGUGUUAACCAGUGACUCAGAGAGUGAGAUCUUCUGUGAUUCCGUGGAUUCAGUGGAGCAACUCGGUAACAUCAAGAUUCCGGUAGUCAAGUCCAACAGUUUUCAGAAUGGCCACGUGUCCUCGGAGUCAUCUCCCUGUCUGGAGGCCCGACAGGUAGGAGCAGGUCAAGGUGGAGAGGGAGCAGACGACAAGAAGGGUCAGGGUCCCAUCAGCAGGAGGCGAGACAGUGGGCGGGAGGGUUACUACCACAACUGGAUAGAACGCGGUGUUCCUCAGGGCAGUCCGAGGUGGGGGGCCCCAGGUGGCGGUGGUGGGGGAGCAGGACGAGGAGGAGGGGAUGGUUCAGAAGGUGGGGCAGAGAGGCUCCAUGACACUCAGUUACAGCAACAGAUCAUCGUAGCCCUACAGAGGCUCAGAGAGGACAUGAGGAGUGUGAUGGACAGGCUGGAGGUGGUGGAGAGGCUCGCUGCCACACAUGCUCAGGGUUCAGAGUGGAGACCCUGUCUGCAGUGUGCAGCCACAGCUUCACAUCAACAGGAGGAGAGGUGUUGGCCUUUUGACAUCUCUGGUCAGACCGUCCUUCUCUUCCUGGUGUGGCCAUUUGUUGCUCAGGGUCUUGUCUACCUGUUGAGGAAAGCCCAGAGGAGAAGUGGCAUUUCUUCGUGAGGUGAGCUGUAGAAGACACUCAACCGUUCAGCCACAGUGAUCUGUCAGUGCAAGAAGUUACAUCUCUACUUCAGAAAGCACUGACUCUAAUAUGAAUCAUGAGAAGACAUCUUCCACCCUCUUUCUGUGCAUGGGAGGAGGGAGAGAACUGUCUGUUUGAAGAAAAAUAUGUCUGGUUUUAUUGCACACCUCAGGAUCCAGAAAUCCUCUCACUCACCACAGCAAAUGAAUCUUAAUUUAAACUAUUCUAGUUGAUUCAUCUGCUGGCUUGUGUUGAGCUGCAGGAAUCAGGUAGUUAACAUGAUACUGUCUUAAUCAAACCUGGUGAAGUUCUUAUACUGAUCAUGAGGUGCCUGAAUUAAAGAUUUAGGAUUAAGUCAGUGAGACCUAAUUUGUAUUCAUCUGAUUCCUUUUCUUCUGGUUUUGCUAUCAUAAACUCAACAUCUUUAGAAUAUACAGAAUAUUAACAAAAUAUUACCAAAAUAAAAUAAGUGUCUGCUUCCAAUGAGGGAAGUCAGAUUUUGAAUUUAACACACAGAAAUUGGAGUAAUGUCACUGUCUGAAAUGUCUACAACAAUAUUAAAGUAAACUGUGAAUGGGGA